GACCCCCCAACAGGAGAAAGUCGCCUUGCCCGUCGGGGGUUAGGCUGCGGGAUUAAAGUGAUCGCAUUCCCGUCGCUUUCGUCGAAACUGACGGUGGGAUUCAUUCUCCGUGGGUUAGGUUAGCUAAAUGCGGUACGAAGCUAAAAUGAUGCCGAUGUUCUUAACAGUGUACCUCAGUAACAAUGAUCAGCAUUUUACGGAGGUGCCCGUUACCCCAGAGACACUGUGUCGGGAUGUGGUGGAGCUGUGCAAGGAGCCAGGAGAGACUGAUUGCCACCUUGCUGAAAUGUGGCGUGGAUCUGAGCGACCUGUGGGUGAAGGAGAGAGAAUGUUGGAUGUGCUGCAGCGAUGGGGGCAGCACAGGACAGAGGUGCGCUUCUUCCUACGUCACGACCGAGCCCCCAGCAGGGAGUCAAGUGGCUCAAGAGGCUCUGAUUCCAAGAGAAAUGGAGUGAAGGGCCCUCCAGACAGAAGAAUGGAGAAUGGGGUGGCAGCACCCCGAAUGGACAUGACUCUAGCCGAGUUGCAGGAGAUGGCCGCCCGACAGCAGCAGCAGAUAGACAACCAACAACAGCUGCUCGCUUCCAAGGAGCAGCGGCUGCGCUACCUGAAGCAGCAGGAACAGCGUCAGCAGCAGCAGGCCUCAGAGCAGGAGAAGCUGCAGCGCCUACGGGAGAAUGUGGAGAACCAAGAGAGCAGGCUGAAGAAGGUCCGGGCCCUCAAAGGCCAGGUGGAGCAGAAACGCCUCAGCAACGGCAAGCUGGUGGAGGAGAUAGAACACAUGAACAACCUGUUUCAGCAGAAGCAGAGGGAGCUGGUGUUAGCCGUGUCCAAAGUUGAGGAGCUCAGCCGCCAGCUGGAAAUGCUCAAAAAUGGCAAGAUGGAUGCUUUCAAUGACAAUCAGAGCUCCAUGGCUGAACUGGACCGCCUCUACAAGGAGCUGCAGUUGAGGAACAAACUUAACCAGGAACAGAAUGCAAAGCUGCAUCAGCAGAGGGAGAACCUGAACAAGCGCAACCUGGAGGUGGCAGCCAUGGAUAAACGGGUCAGUGAGCUACGUGAGCGGUUGUGGAAGAAGAAGGCAGCGCUGCAGCAGAAAGAAAACCUGCCACCUCAGAUACCCUGGCAUUCAGAACCGUCCCCUUCCAAUAAUGGCUAUCCUGGUAAACAGAGGGCUUCCAAAGACACUCACCUCCAGCUGCCUUCAGACAGCCCUGCAGGUCAGCAGUCGGGUCCAUCCCGCGUGGCGGCGGUUGUACCGUAUAACCAGUCUUCUACAAUGCCCCGUGGCCCAGUGAGACACGAGCUGCUUGUCAAACCAGCCUACCCAGACGGCACAGCCACUCUACCAGCCCACGACCCACAGGGCAAGGCCCACACAGGUCUCCAACCAUCCAAGCUGGCUGAGUGGGGCUCCUCAGGUCUAGAUUCCAACAUCAACAGCCAUGGUCCUCCCUCCACACUGCCACGCAUGACUUCUCACCCCAGCCCCAACACAGAGCAAUAUGAUGCCGAGUUGAAGAGGGACAAGAAGGUGCGUCCAUUUUCCAUGUUUGAGCCCACUGAGGCUCCCACCACCUCCCUCCGCAAAAAUCAGAGCAGUGAUGACUUGGUCAGAGAUGCUCAGACUGCUCCCAAAGCCCCAGUAAAGGUGCCCCCACCUGUGCCCACCAAACCCAAAGGCCCAGUUGGCAUACCCUAUGGCAAACCAGCCCUCAACACAGGCACCUUCCCUAAAGUCAAGCCCCCCAGCCAGCAUCCCCAGGCAGGCCAGGGCCGUAGCACCUUAACCCCCUCUCAGAGCCAGACUCUCCCUCUGCCCUCCAAACAGGAUACCCCACCUGCGGCCACAGUGAGGCCUUUCACCCCUGAACUUCCCUCCUCUAAAGAGUCCAGUCUGAGUAAGCCCCAGACACUGGCCGCCAGCUCCAUCUACUCCAUGUACACCCAGCAGCCUGGCCCAGGGAAACCCUUCCAGCCUACUGUGCAGGGGGCUCUUAACAGGUCCCAGAACCGCGGCAAUGGAUUUGUCAGUGUGUAUGGCAAACCAGUGAUCUCCAGCGGAGGUUCACAGCAUCCAGAAAACCCCUACCUAGACCCUCGCUUGGCAGCCCCAGAGUCAGAGGUGGACCAUAGUGGAGGCCCCAGCCCAACUGAGGGCCACCAACCAGAGACUGAACGCAUUCCUAGGCCCCUUAGCCCUACCAAGCUGCUUCCUUUCAUUUCCAAUCCCUACCGUCACCAGAGUGAUGGGGACCUGGAGGCUUUGAGGAAAAAGCUUUACAAUGCUCCACGGCCCCUCAAGAAACGCAGUUCUAUCACUGAACCGGAGGGCCCCGCAGGACCCAACAUUCAAAAACUCCUCUACCAGAAGACCACACUUGCUGCCAUGGAAACUACCAUCAUCACACCUACGACACCCACCUAUCCACCCAACGGUGAAGCAGAGAGCGCAGCAGAGGGGCUGGUUGGGCCAGGGGUUCCAGGCCCUCUGAGUUGCACAGAGAACAGCGAAUCAGAGGGGAAUCAGACUGUGGAGGGAGGACAGGUUCCUGGUCACGUCCCUGGUCCUAACAUCCCACCCCCAGCUAUGACUGAACAGAUCAAUCAACCCUCAGCAGCACCAGAGAAUGAGGACAUUAUACCCCCUCCUCCCCCUGCCCACCCAGCCCCAAGGCCAGAUGACACUCUCAUUCUGCCACCACCACCUGCUGGCCGGGAGGAACCGAUACCCAGCCUGCCCCCACCUCCACCUGAAGGCUUCCUGGAAGAGUUUCCCCCAUAUCCCCCACCCCCAUACCCCAGCGGAGCAGAGCAGGAGAGCUUAGCAGAGGACACCUUUAACAUGAAGGCACCAGAGGUCACCGGACAGGUCACUUUACCACCGGGCAAGAGGACCAACUUGCGCAAGGUUGGCUCUGAGCGUAUCGACCACAAAAUGAGGGUCAAGUUCAACCCACUGGCUCUUCUCCUCGACUCGUCUCUUGAAGGAGAGUUUGACUUGGUCCAGAGGAUAAUCUACGAGGUGGAGGAUCCCAGCCAGCCCAAUGAUGAAGGCAUCACUGCAUUACACAACGCAGUCUGUGCCGGCCACACCGAGAUUGUCAAGUUCCUGGUGCAGUUCGGAGUCAAUGUCAACGCUGCCGACAGCGACGGUUGGACACCACUUCACUGUGCUGCCUCCUGUAACAAUGUCCAAGUGUGCAAGUUCCUUGUGGAGUCUGGGGCAGCAGUGUUUGCUAUGACCUAUAGCGACAUGCAAACAGCAGCUGAUAAGUGUGAGGAGAUGGAGGAGGGCUACACACAAUGCUCUCAAUUCCUCUAUGGCGUGCAAGAGAAGAUGGGCAUCAUGAACAGGGGCGUGGUCUACGGCCUGUGGGACUACACCGGUGAGAACCCCGAUGAGCUGUCGUUCCGUGAAGGAGACUGCAUGACCAUACUGCGCAGAGAAGAUGAGGACGAAAUCGAGUGGUGGUGGGCACGCAUGGGAGACACCGAGGGGUAUAUCCCGCGCAACCUUCUCGGGCUCUACCCAAGGAUAAAGCCAAGACAGAGAAGUCUGGCUUAAACCAUGAAGAAUGCUGUACAUUACCAUCUGUCAGACGGGAAAGGACUCAUGUACACACAUACCGAACAAAACGCAAAGAAACAGGCUUUAACAGACUGGAAUAAAAUCAAAUGAAGAAUCACUGAGAGACCAAACAAUAUGAAGGAUCUUGAGCAACUAUGAACUAUAAAACACAACUACAGCUGGAUCUAUAACCACUGAACUAUGUGGCCUAAUUGGCACUUUUCUAUAUCUACAGCAAAGGAAUUCUACACUUAUUUUUCUAGACCACCGGGUGUAUUUAACCUAACACUAAUGGCGUGUUUUUUUUUCUUGACUUGUUUUGUAAUCUGAUAAGCAUCUGUAACAGUUCAUAAAGUGACUGAUAUUCAAAUGUACGGAUGUCAAUGGAUCAAGCAGUGUUUUUAUGUUAGGCAAUGAUUUGUUUUUUCUCUCAAAACUCCUGAAUAGUCGUUUGAAAUAUGUCUAUUAUUGAUUAUUUGCUAGUCUCAUACUGUGUAGGCUUAUUGAUGCUUGAGAGGAAUGGGUGAAUGAUGAAGAUUAUUGUUACUCUGCUUUUUAAACACUUUUCCUAUGACAAUCUCAAUGGGCUUAGUACUUUGAAUUAGUCAUUUCUUAUGAUGAGAAAUUACAACUCAGCGUAACUGUAUUGAAAGUGCAUUUUCAGAUGUGGCAAUAUCACCGUUGUAAUUAAUUUAAAAAAAAAGGCAUUGCAAUGGUCAGAUUGUUUUGUUGAAAAAUGGUAAUGAUGCCGAUGUCAGUGUUUGAGCUAUUGCUAUUGGUUUUGUAAUCGGUGCUGCCAGUAAAAGCCAGUAUGCAUUUCCACGGCAGCAAAUCGGUGAGGACAUCGGAGAUACUGUUUAUAAGCAUUUUGUUGAAUGUUUACAGCUCUGAUGUUGCAAUGACAGACUUUAGAAACAAACCAUUCUUGGAAAAGUUGUGUAAUACGAUUAUAAUCUUUUAAUCUCUGCCAUUCCAGGAGGACACUGUACAGCAGGCAAGCCUAACUCACAAGACCUUUUUUCCUGUUCUUUUCCCACCCAAUUGUUAUAGAUAACAUUCCACAUAUUAAGGGCAGAUAAUCUUAUUCAAAGUCAAAUCACGUCACUCAAGCAAUUAGAGCAACCCAGUUAUGAAAGCAUAUUUUUUAAAUACCUUGACAUGACACUCAGCCCAACACCAUUAUCAACACAGAUGUAUUUAUUUUUGGUACCUUUAUUUCUGUUGUCUUUGUCAUAGCUAUAACCCCACAUGUAGUAUUUGAAACAUUUACAAUAAAACAUCU